CAUUUCUCUCACUCCCUACAUUUUCGCCUUUUGCCGCUUCUUCUCUUUCUCCGCCACCACCCAUGGCCAAACGCAAGCGCCAGCCACCACCCAUGGCCAAACGUAAGCGCCAGCCACCACCACCACCGGAGGAGAAACACGACACCGUUUCACUGCUUCCAACUGAACGUAAAACGGCCAAACGCCCCUCCGAUAACUCCGAUGACGACGCCUUCUUCGUCGGAAAACCUAUUCCGGCCGCCGAAGCCCGCGCUAAGUGGCCCCACCGUUACCCCAAGGUGGAAAAGAAGGGUUCAGCUCGAAACUCCAACGGGGCAAAGAGCGAAACUGAGAAUCUCCAGGUGAAGUCUCACUACAGUCAAGCUAGGGUUGAUGGGAUACUCUACGACCUUAACGAUGACGCAUAUGUCAAGGCUGAAGAUGGUAAUGCUGAUUUUAUUGCAAGAAUCGUUGAGAUGUUUGAAACGGUUGAUGAUAAGAAGUAUUUCACGGCUCAAUGGUUCUACAGAGCUGAAGACACGGUCAUCAAAGUCCACAGUGAUCUGGUUGACAAGAAACGGGUAUUUAUAUCUGAUGUCAAAGAUGAAAACCCGCUUGAUUGUCUUGUAUCCAAAUUGAAAAUCGCUAAAAUCACUUCCACGAUGGGCUUGGCUGCCAGGAAGGAGAUAAUCCCUUCUUGUGAUUUCUAUUAUGACAUGAAGUACACAGUGCCAUACUUGACCUUUUCAAACCUCGUGAGCGAAACAACCAGAAUAGAAAAUGAUUCAUCUUCCACAGUUUCAACUGAGUCAGGAUCUAAUGCUUGUGUCAAUGAUGCUGACUAUGUUAAUGGAGGGACCUGUCAAAAUAACAGUUCCAUUUCGUCAGAGUGGACAUUGUUAGACUUGUAUUCUGGAUGUGGAGCUAUGUCCACUGGUAUUUGCUUGGGUGCAUCUUUAUCUGGCAUCAAACUUGUCACAAGGUGGGCUGUUGAUACAAACGAACACGCAUGUAAAAGUCUGAAGUUAAAUCACCCAGAAACUCUGGUCAGGAAUGAACUGGCAGAAGAUUUUUUGAAUCUACUGAAAGCUUGGGCUAAGCUUUGUGAGGAGUUUUCACUUUUAGGAACUGAAAGGCCAGAUGCUGACCUAGAUGUGGAUGAGGAUGAUGCUGAUGAUAAAGUUGAUGAUAUGACUAUUGAAGCUUCAGAAGUUCUAUCUGAUUCAGAGGAAUUUGAGGUGGAAAGGUUGUUGGCGGUUUGCUAUGGUGACCCAAACGAAGUCAAAAAACCAGGACUAUACUUUAAAGUGCGUUGGAAGGGUUAUGGUUCCAGUGAGGAUACAUGGGAGCCAAGAGAAGGCUUGAGCGAUUGCGAGGAAGUUUUGGAAGAAUUUGUGAAGAAAGGAUAUAAGAGAAAGUUAUUGCCCCUUCCGGGUGACGCUGAUUUGAUAUGUGGAGGACCACCAUGUCAAGGAGUAAGCGGUUUCAACCGCUUCAGGAACCCUCGGGCUCCAUUAGAGGAUACUAAGAACAGUCAGCUAAUUGUGUACAUGGACAUCAUUGAUUUCUUGAAGCCAAAAUACGUCCUAAUGGAGAACGUAGUAGAUAUUUUGAAGUUUGCUGGUGGUUUCUUAGGGCGUUAUGCUAUUGGCCGUCUUGUUGCCAUGAACUACCAAGCUAGAAUGGGUAUGAUGGCAGCAGGGUCUUAUGGCCUUCCGCAAUUUCGGAUGCGUGUUUUCUUAUGGGGAGCUCGUCCUUCCCAAAAAUUGCCUCCAUAUCCGUUACCAACUCAUGAGGUGGUAUCAAGAGGUUUCGUACCCGCAGAGUUUGAGGAAAUUACAGUUGCAUUUAAUAAAAAAGAAACUUGUGAGCUGGCUAACGCACUUCUUCUUGAGGAUGCAAUAUCAGAUCUCCCUCCAGUUGCAAAUGAUGAGAGCCGGGAUGAAAGGAACUAUGGAACCUCUCCUCGCACUGAGUUUCAAAAAUAUAUUAGAUUGAGCAAAAGCGAGAUUGUGAAUAAUAUGGCUGCUGCUAAAAGCAAACCACAAAGAAAACUGUAUGAUCAUCGUCCUCUGAAAUUAAACAAAGACGAUUAUGACAGAGUUUGUCAGGUUCCCCAGAAGAAGGGUGCAAACUUCAGAGACCUACGUGGAGUACUUGUGAAGGACAACAAAGCUGUAUGGGAUCCAUCAAUUCCAAGAGUCUUGCUAGAUUCUGGGAAGCCUUUGGUUCCUUCUUAUGCUAUGUCAUUUGUUCGUGGGACCUCCACUAAGCCAUUUGGACGUUUAUGGUGGGAUGAAAUUGUGCCAACAGUUGUGACAAGGGCUGAACCACACAACCAGGCCAUUCUCCACCCCACACAAGAUCGUGUACUUACAAUUCGAGAGAAUGCGAGACUGCAAGGGUUUCCUGAUUGCUAUAAACUUAGUGGACCGGUGAAGCAAAGGUACAUGCAAGUUGGAAAUGCAGUUGCGGUUCCUGUGGCUCUCGCCUUGGGAUACACGUUUGGCUUGGCCUGCCAAGGGCUGUGUGAUGAUGAGCCUUUGACAACUCUCCCCUUUAGAUAUCCAGUUUGUCUUGCCUCAUCUUCAGCUCAAAUUGAGAAUGAGGAUUCUAGUUGAGGUCUCUUCGAUAUUGAUUGCUGGUUAAAGUUUUCCAUUUUUAUUCGGAGCUUCAUAUAAGAAGAGUGUUGGACUGUUGGAGGCGGAAGAAUAAUAUGCAUUAUUGUAAUGAGCUUUUGGAACAUUAAUUAUAAUGAUUGAAUUUUCAGCAUGAUUGUUAUGUACACGGUACACUUAUGACAGACAUCGAUUAUUAUGCUAUAAGAUCACUUUGGUGAUGGUCUACUCUAUGUCUAUUUAGAAACAAUUUA